CUCUGUCCUUCCAGUUUGGGGUGUAAAGUUGACUCUGGUUCUUUUGACUGAGAAUUUUUCUUUCUCUUUUGCCAAAGACCAGAGUCUGCCCUUCUGCUGGAAGAAAUGUUUUCUUUCACCGGUGCUCCUUGCUUUAUCUCUGGUAAUUUUAAAAAAUCCUGCUAAAUUCACUAGUACAUUCUGGACGGGAGAACAGAGAAACAGGAAGAAGGGAGCUGGAGGAGGCAGACAAGCCGGUAGAGUGAUCGAAAGUAAAAGAAAGCUUCUUCCUGGAGUCCCCGCCCCCCACCAGUCUGUUUUUCGGGGAUUUUCUCCCCUGUGGACGAGUCUUGGAUAUUGAAGCAUUUGGAAUUAGGCAGUUUGGGGGACGUGGUGACUGGGAUGGUUCCGGAAAAGGUUGGAUCAGAUGCACAGACAGUCAUAGAAGAGACCUGCGAGGAAGGUGCUGCUGUUGUGAGAGACCCAGGAUUUGCCUCUGGUUACUUCUCCUACCUUUUGACAAGGAUGGAUUUCAACAAAUGUCUUUACGAUAUUGGGGAACAACUGGGCAGCGAUGAGUUGUCCUCCCUCAAGUUCUUAUGUCUGGAAUAUAUCCCACAAAAGAAGCAGGAGCCCAUCAAGGAUGCCUUGAAGCUAUUCCAGACACUUCAGGAAAAGGGAAUGUUGGAGGAAAACAAUCUGUCCUUCUUGAAGGAGUUGCUUUUCCGAAUUAAUAGACUGGACCUGCUGACCACUAUCCUGAAUACCAGCAAGGAGGAUAUGGUGUGGGAACUUCAGAUUCCUGGCAAGGCCCAGAUUUCUGCCUAUAGGGUCAUGCUUUUUCAGAUUUCAGAAGAUGUAAACAAACUGGAAUUGAAGUCUUUUAAGUUUCUUUUGAGCAAGGAUAUCUCCAAGUGUAAGCUGGAUGACGACAUGAGCUUGCUCGACAUUUUCAUAGAGAUGGAGAAGAAGCUCAUCCUAGGAAAGAGAAACCUGGGAACCCUGAAAAAUAUCUGUGAACAAAUCAACAAGAGCCUGCUGAAGAUCAUUAAGAAUUAUGAAGAAUUAAGCAGAGAGAGAAGAAUGAGUCCUGAAAGAAGUCCAGAUGCACUUUCAAAUGGGGAGGAGUCCUUCGGGAUGUUGACAUUGUCGGACUCUCCAGGAGAACAGGACAGUGACUCACAGACAUCAGACAAAGUUUACCAAAUGAAAAAUAAACCUCGGGGAUACUGUUUGAUCUUCAACAACUAUGAUUUUAGCAUGGCACGGAAGGAUAUGCCCAAGCUCCACAACAUUAAGGAUAGGAAAGGAUCAGAUUUGGAUGAAGAGGCUUUGAGCAAGAUCUUUAAGGAGCUUCAUUUUGAAAUAGUAUGUUACAAAGAUUCUACAGCCAAGGAAAUCUGUGAAGUUCUAAAAUUCUACCAAAGUGAAGACCACAACAAUAAAGACUGUUUCAUCUGCUGUAUCCUCUCGCAUGGAGAUGAGGGCAUAAUCUAUGGCACUGAUGGACAGAAGGUCUCCAUCUUUGAGCUGACCUCUUAUUUCACUGGUUCAAAGUGCCCUUCCCUUGCUGGGAAACCUAAAGUCUUUUUUAUUCAGGCUUGUCAAGGGGAUAACUACCAGAAAGGUGUACUUGUUGAAACCGACUCAAAGCAGAAGGACCCCUACUUAGAGAUGGAUUUAUCAUUUCAAAAGAGUUAUAUCCCAGAUGAAGCUGACUUUCUGUUGGGGAUGGCCACUGUGAGCAACUGUGUUUCCUAUCGAAAUCCCAUGGAGGGAACCUGGUAUAUCCAGUCCCUUUGCCAGAGACUGAGAGAAAGAUGUCCUCGAGGCGAUGAUAUUCUCACCAUCCUGACUGAAGUGAACUAUGAAGUGAGCAAUAAGGAUGAUAAGAAGAACAUGGGGAAACAGAUGCCACAGCCCACUUUUACAUUAAGGAAAAAACUCUUCUUUCCUCUUGAUUGAUGUUACAUCAUUGUGUAACACUAUGCUUUAUUUAUUAAGUAUUUUUUUAUUUGUUCUAAUUAGUGUUAGUUAAUUAUAAAAUAUUGACUGCACUUUUGUUUUUAAGGCAGGGAGGGAAUGAGGAACUAAGUACUUUUUUUUCAUAAAAAAUUGUGUUUUUAAAUAUACAACAUUAUCUUCAAUUAUUACAUCAAAACCAUUUUGUCCAUACAAAGCAUUACUAUAAUCAAUUCACUUUAUGCAUUUGAAUCAAGAACAUUUUAAUUCUUAUAUGAAUUCAAGUCCUGGCUAUGCAAUAUCAGCCACUAUUAGACAUUUACAGUUAUGGUAUAAUUUUAACUGUAUUUUUAACAAGAUGAAAAAGUAUACUUAAAAGUAAAUAAAAACUUAAUUCCUCUCUUUUCAAGCCAUCUAAUACACUACUUUCAAAAUAUUUAAAUUUGGAAAAUUAAGUUUCUAAAUAUUAGAUGUCCCUAAAUUCCUUUCUGAUAUUUCUUCUUUCUUUUCCCUUCAAUGCUGGUGAUUGGAGCCAAGCAAAGGCUCUCUUAUUGAGUUACAUCCUCAGCCUUUUUUUUUUUUCAUUUUGUUGCUCUUUCACAUACCUUUUCAUAUGCUUGUAGGAUUCAGUGUUCUUGCUAAUGAAGCAUUUUAAUAUUUCAUAUAUUUGUAUCCAUUUUUUUCUUUCAGCUCAUUUCAUGCUUUUAAGAGUAUUUUUAAAUUUUUAAAAAAACAUUUUUAAUAAAAUAAAAUGUAAUUUUAUCUUACUGCUCCUUAGA